CUUAUACUUUAAGCUGAGGCCUUGUCUAAAGAUGUAUCGAAAAGUCGCAGACUCGCGAGUCACCUGCUUGGAUUGAAUCUCAGGUAGGAUUGUGAAAUCGUAGAGGUUUGGAGGAAAUGGGCGGAGGAGGAGGUAUAACAUACAAGGGAGUCACCGUGCACACUCCUAAGACGUGGCACACCGUCGCCGGAAAGGGCUUGUGCGGCGUUAUGUGGUUCUGGAUUUUGUACAGAGCAAAGCAAGAUGGUCCUGUAGUCAUGGGAUGGAGGCACCCGUGGGAUGGACAUGGUGAUCACGGUCAUGGUGGGGAUCAUCACUAGGUCUCAUCGAACCUUUGAAGAUCAUGGCGAAAAAAUGUAUGUCUCCUUUUCUUUUCAGCUUCUUAUGUCGAAAUAAUUACAACUUGUGAAAGAAGACGUCAAUUGUUUUUGUUCACAACUUUGUAAGAUUUGCUGCUUCUGUUUUAAGUUGCUACUUGGAUUGCACUUCCUUGAUGUUUUAUUCCGUCUACAAAUGAAUUAUAACAAUUUUUUUUUGGAUAA